AUGGUCUACGGUCAGGUCUUAUCACUAAGCAGUUAGUUGUGCAUCGAACAAGCAACGAACGAGCUCUGGUAACUAUACCGCGCAGCUUCACGGUUUCUUCGCGGAACAAGCCUCCUUCCCUGCCUCGCUUUUCGUACACCACGCGCGUAUUAUUCCACUCUUUGCUCGCUAUCUUUAGCCCGAGUCCGGCAUAUCAUCAGUGAACAGUUUUACAGCUUGAAGAAGAGAGAACGUUGGGACAGGCCGAAUUGAAGGAGCGGGUGGAAAAGAUCGGAGAGAGAGGAGAGAGGUCACCGUGCCCUGUCUGUAUUUCGCUCACACCACGCCAUGAAUAUGCAGCGUAUAUCCGAGGUGGUGCUGCUGGUGGCCGGGUUUGCUUUGGGGCUCUGUGCUUGUCACACCGUGAAAGUGAACAAACACAAGCCGUGGAUUGAGACGUCAUACCAUGGGGUAAUCACAGAGAACAUGGACAUCGUCCAACUGGACCCUCCCUUGGUGGCCCUUGAUAAAGACGCCCCUGUCCCCUACGCAGGGGAGAUCUGUGCAUUUAAGAUCCAUGGUCUGGAAGCACCGUUCGAGGCGGUGGUGCUGAACGGGACGUCUGGUGAGGGCCAGCUGAGGGCCAGGGGCCUGGUGGACUGUGAGCUUCAGAAGGAGUAUACCUUUAUCAUUCAGGCCCAUGACUGUGGAGCAGGACCCGGGGGCACCGGGGGGAAGAAGUCACACAAGGCGGUGGUACACAUCCAGGUGAAUGAUGUGAAUGAGUUCUCUCCAGUGUUCCGGGAGGCCCAGUACCACGUGGCGGUGACGGAGGGGAAGAUCUAUGACAACAUCCUGCAGGUGGAGGCUACAGACCAGGACUGUUCUCCUCAGUACAGCCAGAUCUGUAACUACCAGAUCACCACCUCCAACACACCCUUCGCCAUCGACCGCAAUGGUAACAUCAGGAACACAGAGAAGCUGAGCUUUGAUAAGCAGCAACAGUAUGAGGUCCUGGUCACAGCCUUCGACUGCGGACAGAAGAGAUCCACAGAGAGCGUGGCGGUACACAUCUAUGUUAAACCUGUCUGCAAACCUGGCUGGCAAGGCUGGGACAAAAGAGUGGACUAUGAGCCAGGCACAGGCAGCAAACAGCUGUUUCCCAAGAUGAAUCUGGAGACUUGUGGAGGGCUUCUCUCCUCAGUGAGGACCACGGUAGAGCUACAGACCAGCCAUAUUGGGAAGGGCUGCGACCGGGAGACCUACUCGGAGAAGUCCCUGCAGAAACUCUGUGGGGCCUCGUCGGGCAGCACAGACCUUCUCCCCGCCCCCAGCGCCUCCACCAAUUGGACGGCGUCCCUGGUGACAGACAGUGAGCGGGACAGCGACCUCAUCUUCCGGUUUGACGGGCGGCAAGCGGCGAAGAUUCCGGACCAGGUGGUACCACAGAACCUGACUGAUCAGUUCACCAUCGCCACGUGGAUGAAGCAUGGACCCAAUCCUGGACUGAGGGCGGAGAAAGAGACCCUGCUCUGCAACUCUGAUAAGACAGAGAUGAACAGACACCACUACUCCCUUUACGUCCAUAACUGUCGCCUGGUCUUCCUGCUCCGGAGAGACUUCAUCCAGGUGGACACCUUCAGACCUGCAGAGUUCCACUGGAAACUGGAUCAGAUCUGUGAUAAGGAGUGGCACUAUUACGUCAUUAACGUGGAGUUUCCUGUGGUGACACUCUACGUGGACGGAGUGACCUACGACCCUUACCUGGUGACAGACGAUUGGCCGAUCCACCCCUCUCAGAUUGACGUACAGCUCACUGUGGGCGCCUGCUGGCAAGGUGGUGAGGUUAUGAAGCCGCGGUUCACACAGUACUUCCGGGGCAGUCUGUCAGGGCUGACCAUCAGGCCAGGGAAGAUAGAGAGCCAGAAAGUAAUCUCCUGUCUACAGGCCUGUAAGGAAGGACUGGACAUCAACUCACUGGAGAGCCUGGGCAAGGGCAUCAAGUUCCACUUCAACCCAGCCCAGUCAAUCCUGGUGAUGGAGGGCAAGGAUCUGGAGAACAUGAACGCUGCUCUGAGGAAGGUCUCCUACAUCAACUCCCGCCAGUUUCCCACACCGGGCAUCAGACGCCUGCACAUCUCAACCUCAGUAGAGUGUUUUGGGGAGGACACGUGUAUCUCCAUCCCGGACAUCGAUGCAGUGGUGAUGGUGCUGCAGCCCAGUGAACCCAGGAUCACCAUAGCUGGGGUGGACAGACUGACCAGGCCAGCAGCUGACCUCAGAGGACCAGCCGGACUCAAUCUGUUCCAGGACCUUCACAUCAUCAGUACUGUCACCAAGGGAGACACAGCCUCACACCAUACAGCGGGCAGGCCGGGGGUCCAGGAGGAGAUCAUUCAUAACCUGGACUACUGUGACAUCCUGGUGCUGGGGGAGGAGCUGAGGCCAGAGCAGGAGAGUCUCCAGCUGCAGCGUAGCACCCUGCUGGGGAAACACCUGGACGCCACCAACUCCACCUCCGGCAUGUCUAUAUACGGUGUGGACUCCAUGUCCAAUUAUGAGCAGGUGAUCAGGCAGGUGCAUUACCACAACUGGCACCCCGCUCAGACCCCAGACAGGAAGUUCCGUCUCACCUGCUCUGAGCUAAACGGACGCUACACCAGCAAUGAGUUCACCCUGGAGAUUAGUGUACUCCACAAAUCAGAGGCAGGGGAGCAUGUCAAUCACAUGGUAGCCCCGUCCCAGUACAUGCAAGUCGUUCCUCAUCUGGCCAUGGUCCACAGUCUAUACCCCACACACGGUCCAGGAGUCCCCAGUGCUGCCACAGUGGUGAUAGUGAUUUGUAUCGCCGCCCUGGUGGUGGUGGUUGUGCUAGGCAUCUACCGUAUUCACCUGACACACCAACAGGAGGGCAGGAGCUCAGACACAACCAAAGAGAGAGAGCUGGACUGGGAUGACUCAGCGCUCAAUAUCACAGUCAAUCCUAUGGAGAACUUCCAGGAGCCCCAGGGAGCUGAGGAAGAAGCCAGCGAAGAGGAAGAGGAGGAUGAGGAAGACGAUGACAUCACCAGCGCCGAGUCAAACGACAGCGAGGAGGAGGAGGAGGUCCCAGCAGCUCUCAGUGUAAAACAGGGCAGCAAGAGGGGCCAGCUGGACUGGGACAACUCUACAUUAACCUGCUGAAUACAAUCACACAUACACACUGACGCACACACACACACACACACACACACAAACACUAAUAUACACACACACACACACGCUGAGGCAUCAACAUACACACUACCAUAAAAUCAAUUGUUUAAUCAUGAGAGACGACCUGAGAUUUUUCUCAAUUGAGUCAACAUCUCCCCCUACUGGUGAAAAUGGAAAUGAUGAUGAGAAUAGAAUGAGCACUAAAGUAAUACACACGUGUCAAACACACACACGUCAGUACCACAGACCUCAAACCCUAGUCCACAAGCUGACAGCUUAUCUACUGUUUUAUACUGAGACUGUGAAAAAACAACUAAACUAAAUGUUAAAAUACUCUAUACAGCUGAAAUUGCUUGUCAAACAUCUGAUUUCCACCUAUUUUUUCAGGGUCUAAAAUCUCAUCUGAAAAACUGUGGUCCUAUAGGUCGCCAUGAUCCUUUGUAAUGGUUUCUUUCCCAUAGGCACAUAGUGGUACAGUCCACUGUGCUAGAGUUAGCUUGGUACAGUGAGAUAGUUAAGAUGGUCCAGUCCAAUAUAGGGAAACUCCUUCAAUCCUUACCAUGUUAUCUGUGUACAGUAUAUCAUACCUUCUGUCCAUUGCAUCAAAUAAAAAUUGAAGGCAUAACAAGAAAGAAAUAUUAUUGCAUUGAUUUGCAUUAUUUUAAUACCUGAAAAAUAUUUUGGAGGUUUGUUGCAAUGGAAUAUAUUUGAUUUAAUACUGCUUAUUUAAUCCUGGAUGAGGUGUCCAGGUGAUUUUAAAGAGUUAUGCCGUCCCCCAUUGGCACUAAACAGUCUUUAUUUGUUUUUCGAUUGAUGUGCUGUUGGAGAUGUUGUACUUACCUGAGGCAUAGUCAUUCAGGUGCCACAUUACUGAAUGUUCAGAACUGUGUUGCAUAGAACUGACACGUUUCUCUGUCAUGUAAAACAAUAACCAUGUCAGCUCUGUGCAUUUAAAUUCUAUCUUCAAUAUUGUGUAUAUGCAUUGCACACAACUGAAUAAGCACCCAGGUGAAAUUUGUCUUUUUCUGUUCUGUUUCUUGGACACACUACAAGAGAGGAGGAACCUUGUAAAUGUGUAUGUGUUCCUCUUACCUGUAGAUACUAACUAGAGUAGGUGACCCCGCCCUGAACCUAGCAAGCCCCUCCCUCUUUUCUUCUGUAUGUAUGCACAUAACCCCGCCCAUGUCAAUUAAAUCUGUACAUAUUACACCAAACCCUGCCCCGCUCUCUGUGUUUCUAUCUCUAUGUUCAGUUCAUUCCAAAUGGCUAUGCUUUCUGUCUGCUAAGACAGGCAAGUUAAACCAACUUAAGCCCAACUUAAGCCCAACUUAAACUGGUUAAUGGAAAUGUAUAAGGUCUUCUAUCGUUCUGUAGUCAAUACCAGCAACCCCCCUUACCCCUAUCUUACACAGUCUGCCUAAUAUAAAAUGUUACUUUACCUGGCAUGAGGAGAAAUUGAAAGUUUCUAUUUUCUACAUUUGGGUAUUUGACUGUGUGACCCUGCUUGAUGUAAUCCUUUCCAGGGAUAGUCCUUCGGUUCUAUCUGGGAGAACCCUGUCUUGAAGAGCCCGUGUAUAGCUAGGUAUAAGUUCAUGUAAAGUGUUCAACAGUUGUGUAGGGUUACACCUGUGCUUGUGACGUGAAACCUUGUCCUCAACCUCCACCAUGUUACUUUCAGCUCCUGAACCCCUCUCACACCUGUACCCCUACCCCCUUGGAACUUUUGCUAGACUUUGCAUCAACCCUCCCCAAUGUUCUCCCAGAGUUUGUUUUAGAGGUGGAAGGUGAAAAUAAAUAUGAACCUUGUAAAAUGGGUAAAAGCUUUUUUAGUUUUUCUUGACGUUUUCUUUGGACUGUUUUCUUAGUUUCCUUUGGAUGGUCACUACAGCACUUUCUGUAAAUGGACCAAUAAAGAGUUGUUUUAGAA